UGUUCAUUUGCUUGGAAGUACCUGGCAUUGGCUGCUGUCAGAAGACAGGAUACUGGGCUAGAUGGACCAUUGGUUUGACGCAGAUUGGCCAUUCCCAUGUUCUUAUUUUCUAAAUUUCCAUUGUCAAAAUAAGUGAACAAUGGUCACUUUGUGAUUCAGUUUCCUUAUGUCAUCUGUUAACUGGAUGUUUUGCAGAAUCCAGGAAUUCAGAAUGGCCACCAUGUUUGAAUUUGUCUGCCCAAAAGUUAGGUUCCUAAAUCCAUGUCAAGGCCCUGAUUUUGCAAUGACAUCUGUGCGAGUUCAGAGAUCCACCUGCACAGAUGUCAUUGCAAGACCUGGGCUGUAAGCCUCUAAAUAGAAGUGGCCUGAUUUUUCAGAAAUGUUGAGCAAACCAGCUUCCAUUUAAGUCAAUGAGAAUGUCAGAUGCUCAGUCCCUCAGAAUAAGGGCUACUUUGCUUAGAUGCCUAAAUAUUGAUUCAGGAGUCUAACUUUAGUCCCAUAGAUUUGAAAACUCUGGUCAACGUGUUUCCCAAUCACAGUGAACUAGUUGUACAGUUUUGUCUAUGGGUUUUUUAAUGAAGAUUUGCUGCAGUAAAAAUAAGCAGAAUACAUAAUAAAUACAUUGUAUAAAGUAAGUGUGCAUGCUAUGGAGUGUAGUCAAAUCUUAUUGCUAAUGCAACUAAUUUAGUCUGAAGCUACUAGAGUUACAGUAGCUCAGUUAAAAGACAACUCAGGUGCCUUGGAAAAGGCAUAUAGGUAGUUUAAAAUUAAUACAGUUCUAUGCAGGGGGAGCCUGUUUGCUGAAACUCACUGACUGUAGAUGUGUGUGGAGCCCUAUGCGGAUACACAUCUGAUCGGGAAUCUGCAAACAUGGUCUGGGGAUACUGCAGAUUUGCAGGGCUCUAGGAAUAUACUGCUUGUGAAAUUUACAGGGAAGUGAAAAUAGGAUUAUAGAAUGGAAUGUCUUCUGCAUUGCAAGGCUAUUUCUAGACUUCUGUCUGAGACAGUUCCCAUCAUUGCUAAUUUUGGCAUAGCUCCACUGAGUGGAGCAGUAGUAUAGAUGCAGCAGGUGGUUGCCAACAUUUUAACCAGUGUCUAAACCUGAGUAGGUGGUGGUGUGCUUCUGGCAACUUGUCUAUGAGAGUGCAAUUAUGGGACCUUCCCCCUCCGCCUUCUCCCCCACCCCUGAAAAUAACCUUCAUGUAGAUGAGAUCUAAAAGGCUCCAUCUUAAAUCCUCAAAGUUAUCAAAUUAUUUCCAAGUUCCCCACAUUUAUUUAGUGCAUCUAACUACAUCUACUUCUGGAGAAGAGGUACAAAAGUUAAACUCCAGAGGGUUGUUUUAUUUGAUUUUGUUAUGGGCUUCAGAGCAGAACAGACCUGAGGAAACUGUUGGAUAAACAGAAGGCUGGCUGCAAACACAGUUGAACAGAUACCACUGAUACUCUCUGAUUCCAGACAAGAUGAACACAUUGUCAUUGCUGCUAAGAUUCCCUCACUACCGUUUUCUUAGAAGGAUUUCUUUCAAAAGCUUCCACUCAAAUUUCACUCCGGGAUCAUUAUUUCCAUAUAUUCAGUCUUUUAAUUCAGUAUGCUUGUAUUGUACAAAGUGGAUGUUGCCAGCAAGUGAUUUGAAAAGAGGGAUUUGCUAUCAAGCAACCGUAGACCAACAAACACAGGGACUUUGUGACAAGGAACAGAGACUUGUAGACAGACUUUAUAGUGGAUUAAUCCAAGGACACAGAGCCUGCUUGGCAGAGGCCAUUACUCUUGUAGAAUCAACUCAGAGCAGGAAAAAGGAGAUAGCCCAGGUGCUCAUUCAGAAGGUAUUAUCCUACCACAGAGAACAAGAAAAGUUAAAUAAAGGAAAACCACUAGCCUUUAGAGUGGGAUUGUCUGGUCCCCCUGGUGCCGGGAAAUCAACAUUUAUAGAAUGCUUUGGGAAAAUGCUUACAGAGAGGGGACACAAAGUGUCUGUGCUGGCUGUGGAUCCGUCCUCUAGCACAAGUGGUGGCUCACUCUUGGGUGAUAAAACACGGAUGACUGAGUUGUCAAGGGACAUGAAUGCUUACAUCAGGCCAUCUCCAACCAGGGGAACGUUAGGAGGUGUGACUAGGACCACAAAUGAAGCUAUUCUGCUAUGUGAGGGAGGAGGCUAUGACAUCAUUCUUGUGGAAACAGUAGGUGUGGGGCAAUCAGAGUUUGCAGUUGCUGAUAUGGUUGAUAUGUUUGUUUUGCUGCUACCACCAGCAGGAGGAGAUGAGUUACAGGGUAUUAAACGGGGUAUAAUUGAGAUGGCAGAUCUAGUUGCUAUAACUAAAGCUGAUGGGGAUUUAGUUGUGCCUGCGCGGCGGAUACAAGCAGAAUAUGUUAGUGCUAUGAAACUACUUCGCAAGCGCUCUAAGGUUUGGAGACCAAAGGUAAUGCGCAUGUCUGCUAAAACUGGAGAAGGCAUUUCAGAUAUGUGGGAUAAGAUGACAGAAUUUCAUGAUCUCAUGCUUACAAGUGGUGAGUUGAUCACCAAACGACGGAAACAGCAGAAAGUGUGGAUGUGGAAUCUAAUCCAAGAAAAUAUGCUGGACCAUUUUCGGAGUCAUUUAGCAGUGAGGGAUAAGAUUCCACUUUUAGAAGAAAAGGUUCUCAGUGGUGUCUUGGCUCCAGGGCUGGCAGCAGACCUAUUACUGAAAGCAUUCAAAGACAGAUCUUAAGAUACCAUGUUCUACUGUGUCAUUGAUCAAUUUGCACAAAUUAUUUAAACAUUAAAUAAAAUUUUCCGAAGCAUGGCUUCAGAUCUUUAUUACUGCAGCAUACCUGAAUGUAGCCCUAGACUAAAUUUAUUUUCUGACUCAGGCAAAGAUAAUACACAUGAGGAACAAAGCUAGUUUCUGGGACUACCAUAGAUUAUAUUCAAAAAGAAAAAUGUACGCUUCUAAAACUCUUAUUUGAGUACAGCAUAGUUAAGGAUGGUGGUUGUUUUAAAGCUUUUAAUGAGAUUGUAAUAGAAAUUAUUAAAACAAAAUAACUUUGUGGUACAGUAAGCUAGUUAUUUGUUUGCUUGUGUUCCAGAUAUUUCAGCACUUGUCCUGUUAUAUUUACCAACAAACACCCCACACAAAACAAGGAUAGGUGUAACUAAAACUGCUCUUGGGCUCACCUAAAUGUCUUUUACUGGAGGGGUCAUCUGUUUACAUGACUGUUAAAUUUUACAGUGCAUACAUGACCUAUCAGUAUAACUUACCAAAAACCUGAUUCAGUCAACACUUACAGCAGUAAGCACAUUAAAGGAUGAGUCUCCAAAGUCUCAUUUACACACCAAAAAUAAUUGUUUAAACAUGGCUAUGGUAUAACACAGUUUACUGCUGCUGGAGCCUACUGUGGUUUAAGCACAGUUAGGGCCACAAUUAGAUUGUGUCCAUGCUACAGAUUUCAGCUCUGAUAUAGCAGUAGAUGCUGCAAGGGGAGCUGUUACCAGCAUGGAUCAUUGCCGAUCUCCUCACUGUGAGUGACAGCAAAAGCGUUGGGUGCUGCAUAAUCACCUAAGCAGAACCUGUUCUUUGUGUUGCAAACAAAUAUAGCAUUGAAGCAGCCCCGCCUGGGAGCUAUAUUUAUCCAAGGAAACACCCUACUAGUGCCUCCUGAAUAGAAAUUUUUUAAAACAAAAGGUGAAGUUACAUUAGGUAUCUUUUCUUUAAUAUAGCUAAUGAUAAAAGACUUCAAGUGGAAGCCGCAUCAGAGUUUCUUUAGUUAUGGAAAUGGCUAUCUUUAUAAUUAACUAUAUUAAAAAACACAACUUUGUCUAUAGUGGUUUAAGGCCAUUUGGCUGGAUGAAAGAGCUUCAGUUUCUAAACAAAAUGACUCUCCUGUUAAAUUCAACUUAAAUACUUCGACUAUUCAGGAGCUAUAUGUACAUUUUGAUAUACUUUAAUAAUGAAUUGGAGAAUCUUCUAAAAUAUUAUUUGGAAAACAUGGUCUAUUUGGCAGAAAUGUAUUAUUACAGGAAAAAAAUGGCAAUUUUGGCAACUGCAGAAAAGCAAUAAAACAAUUGGAGUUCUAUGAAGAAUUCUUCGUAUCUUGCAUAGGUAAAUUGAAUUCCUGAAUUAUGUUAAAAGCUGUGAUAUUUGUUUUCUUAGCUUCCCUGGCAAACUUGAUUUUGCAUCUAUAUUUCUCUAGAUCUUCAGAUUUUUUUUUUUAACUUCUAGCUAAAUCGUAAUACAUCAGAAAAGUUACCUUUAGCUUUUGAAGACCCUAGGAGUUUUUUUAUCCUUAUCUAACAAGGAUUCUUCUUCUUUGUCUAACUCGUGCUACUUUAAUUCUUAUUAUCAGGAUUAAAGUUAGUUCUCUGACAGCUGUUGCCUUAUUUUCCUGUACACUUCAUUAUGGUUUAAAAAAAAAAAAA